AUGACCAAAGGCAAAGCAACCGCCGUCGUAUCCGGCCGCACCAUCGCCGAGACUAAUGAGUAUGAGACUGUCGAAGGAAACAUCUAUUUCCCACCAUCUUCUGUCAAUCAAUCAUACUUGAGCAAGACAGACCACAGCACCCAUUGCCCAUGGAAGGGUGAUGCAGCAUACUACAGCAUCAAUCUAGAUAGUACGUCCAGUUCCCUGGAAAUUGGACGACGGAGGGCUGAUGAGACGAUAGAGACUGAAUUGAAGAACGCUGCCUGGUACUAUCCAGAACCGAAGGAGAAGGCGAAGAAUAUCAAAGACUAUGUUGCUUUCUACAAGAGUGCUGUCACUGUGACGGCUGAGUAG